AUGGGCGCACCGCUGUCUCUCGAGCAGCUGCAGCAAGCGCUAACAGAAAAUCUCUCGAACGACGCUCUCUACGACCUCCUCAGUUCCUACGAAGAUGAAGCCUGCCAGCAGUUCACCCCAGCUGGGAUAACCGGUGACGCGACAGUCUUGACUGCCUAUUACUCCUCCUUUCUUUUCUCCCACCUCAUCAUCGACGAAAUACAAGAAGCUCGUGCUUUAACGCAGCGCAUCCCCUCGACGUUGAUCCAAAAUGAGCCAGUCAUACAGCACAGCAUUGCGAUACUACGGUCAAUUUACCAAAAUAAAUUCUCCGAAACCUUCGCGUUACUAAGGGGUCAGCCAUGGCCAAAGCCGGUCGAUAUCGUUGUUGAGAGGGUUGACGCUUAUUACACUGAAAAGUCAUUCCGCAACAUAAGUCGCAUUUACGAAUCGAUCAGACCUGAAGUAGCUGCAGAAUACCUCGGAUUACAGAACAACGCAGAAUUGACAGACAUAUUGGUGAAACGAGGGUGGGACUGGGAUGCCGAGAAAGAGCUCUUCCGACCACAUGUACCUGACGAACUUGUCAAUGCCGGCAAAGCCAGACCACCCCUCGACCAAAUUAGUCGCACCGUGGGUUUGGCGAGUGUCUAG